AUGACGACAAGUCCAACACUACCAUCCGGCUUACAUCCACUAGUUGCCGGCGGAGCAAGUGCUUUUAUAACCACAACAUUGUACCAACCAUUAGAUUUUCUAAAAACACAAAUACAAGAACCCAAAGACGGAAUCGCGAAACGUUCAACAUUAUCGAUAACGAGAUACACCAUACGAGAAUACUCCAUUUUACGACUAUGGCGUGGAUUAACACCGUCCUUGUUUCGUGCUGUACCAGGUGGUGCUCUUUAUUUUCAUUCGCUCAGUUUACUGAAAGAAAACAUCCCAAAAUCUCAGCAAACUGUUCUCGUCAAUGGAAUAUGUGGUGCUUUGGCGCGAUGUGCAGCUGAUCUAGUCGUUUUUCCGUUUACCUUGAUCAAAGCAAGACUUGAGAGUUCACGAUAUACAACAAUGAAUAUGCUUACAGUCAGUCAAUAUGUAUAUUCCACAUGCGGUUUAAAAGGUUUUUAUACUGGCUUUCUCCCAACACUCGCACGAGAUCUUCCAUUUUCCGGUAUUUAUUAUAUGUCUUAUCGUAAACUCAAAGAUACAGUCGCAGAUGAAGUUAAGUCCUCGAAUCAGUAUUGGUUAACAUCUCAAGCAUCGAUUAGCGUAGCUGCUGGCCUCAUCGCUUCGCUCAUUACUCAACCGGCUGAUGUGAUCAAAACAUAUCGACAAGUCGCACCAGCUGAUUAUCAAAAUGUUCACAUAACGAUCAAAUCUAUUUUGAAAACACAAGGUUUAAAUGGCUUUGCUCGGGGCUUUUUCCUUCGAGCACUCCGUCGGACACUUGUUGCAGCAACCGCUUGGACAUUGUACGAAUAUCUUUUGAAACAGUGA